GUUAUAAGUAGCUUAUCAAGAACUCCCAUGCUCAACAUGAGCGGCUUCUCUAUAGCAGCUCAACCCAAAUGUAGAAGUGGCUUCUCGAAAAACCCCGUUUGCUGUACGCCAAACAGGGCGUUAUAGAAAGGUAAGAAACAGAAAGGGUUCCCAGUUUCCCACCUUCGGUUAGAUUGAAUUUUGGCGAUGCAUAUGUAGUAUGUACAAGAGCGCGGGGAAUAUCGUUUCACGUACGGGCGUUCUUUAUCCAUGGCCGAAACAGCUUUUGUCAGCCUGCAAAGACGCAAAAUCCAUAUCCCAAAUCCAUGCCCUUAUGAUUUUCACUGGAGUGUUCAGCAACGGAGAUUCGAACGGCCAACUAAUAGCCUCGUAUGCGCGGAUUGGUGAUGUUACAUCAGCUCGCAGGGUGUUCGAAGAAUCGCCUCAAAGAGGAGUAGUCACUUGGAAUGCCAUGAUCAUUGCCUACUCUAGGAAUGACUCACCAAAUGAAGUACAAAAUCUCUACCGGAGGAUGAUUCUGGAAGGUGUCAGACCCGAUAGUUCAACCUUCACGGUCACUCUCAAGGCAUGUUCUAGUUUGUUGGAUUUGAAAGCUGGCGAAAAGAUUCGAUCACAAGCUAUUGAUUUUGGGUAUAAGGAUGAUAUUUUUGUUGGGUCUUCUAUUCUGAAUUUGUACGCCAAGUGUGGGAAGAUGGAUGAAGCAUUGGGGAUCUUCAAUGGAAUGACAAAGAGGGAUCUUGUCUCUUGGACUACAAUGAUUACGGGUUUUGCUCAGAGUGGCCAGCCAGUCGAAGCAGUGGAGGUUUUUCGUCGGAUGCAGAUAGAAGAAAUCAAAGGAGAUGCAGUUCUGAUGGUGGGUCUAAUUCAAGCUUGCACAAAUCUCGGGGAUAUGAAACUGGGUAUUUCUGUUCAUGGGUAUAUGAUCCGCCAACAUCUUCCAAUGGAUGUUGUAGUUGAAACCAGCCUUGUGGACAUGUACGCAAAGAAGGGGCUCUUGAAUCUUGCGUCUCGUGUCUUUGAGAAGAUGUCUUACAGAAAUGUGGUUUCCUGGAGUGCUUUGAUGUCUGGCUUUGCUCAAAAUGGGUUUGCUGGGAACGCACUUGAAUUGUUGAUCGAGAUGCAGAGUUAUGGAUUUAAACCAGAUUUGGUGUCACUUGUUAGUGCUCUCCUGGCUUGUUCUCAGAUUGGUUUUCUAAAAUUGGGAAAAUCCAUACAUGGAUAUAUUGUUAGGAGGGUUGAGUUUGAUCGAGUCUCGGGUACUGCAGUGAUUGACAUGUACUCAAAAUGUGGGUCACUUUCUAGUGCACGUAUUCUCUUUGAUAGGAUAAGUUAUAGGGAUUCAAUAUCUUGGAAUGCAAUGAUUGCUAGCUAUGGAAUCCAUGGGCAUGGAAAGGAAGCUCUUUCUCUCUUCCUCCAGAUGAAGUUGAUGAGUCAAAGACCAGACCAUGCCACGUUUGCUUCUCUUCUAUCAGCCUUAAGUCAUUCUGGUUUGGUUGAAGAAGGACGAUAUUGGUUUGGUAUAAUGCAUAGCGAUUUUGGAAUCCAGCCCAGCGAGAAACAUUUUGCUUGUAUGGUUGAUCUUUUAGCUCGUGCAGGUUUGGUUGAAGAAGCACACAAACUGAUAGGAUCUAUGGAGGAUGAACCAGGAAUUGCAGUUUGGGUUGCCCUCCUUGCGGGCUGCCGUAACCAUGGAAAGUUGGAGCUCGGAGAAAAGGUGGCAAAGAAGGUUUUCGAGUUAAAACCAAAUGACCCUGGAAUAUAUGCUUUGGUUUCAAAUGUUUUUGCUUUGGCAAGAAAGUGGGAUGAAGUAGCUUUGGUGAGAAAGGUAAUGAAGGAGACAGGGAUGAAGAAGGUACCUGGUUACAGUGUAGUUGAAGUAAGAGGGAAGCUUCAUGCAUUUCUAAUGGAGGAUAAGAGCCACCCCCAGCAUCAUAUGAUUGCAGCAAUGUUAGAUAGGUUGGAAUAUGAGAUGAGAGCAAUGGGUUAUGUUCCAAGGACAGAGUAUGUAUUACAUGACCUUGAUGAGCAAGUGAAGGAGAGGAUGUUGUGUAAUCAUAGUGAGAGACUGGCAAUUGCUUUUGGGCUUUUAAACACAGGACCAGGGACUAGACUGCUGAUAACAAAAAAUCUUAGGGUGUGUAGGGAUUGCCAUGAGGCCACAAAGUUCAUCUCCAAGAUUGUGGACAGAGAGAUUGUUGUAAGGGAUAUAAAGCGCUUCCAUCACUUCAAGGAUGGGGUUUGCUCAUGUGGUGACUACUGGUGAAUUGAUUAAGUUGGAAGGCUUACUUUCAGUUGAUGAUCUAUCAGCCUUAGUAAAAUUAGCGUUCUAAUUGUCUUGAUGGAUGUAUUGACUGCCAAUCCCAUAAAGAUAAAAGGUCAUUCACUCACUCUGGUCAAGCCAAUAUACUGGUCAUUUAAACCUAAGACAUGGGUUUGAUCCAAUCUUUUUCAAAGCCAGCAGACAAAGACCAGCAAGUGUGGACAUCUGGGCUUGAGGUAGUAGCUCAUUCAGAAGUUGUACUUCACAACCUUUGUCCUCGAUGUUAAGCAUGCUGCCUGGAUCAUUUGGCUUAUCUUUGGUGAAAAAUAUACUGGUUGCCCUUGAUACUUCUGUGGCUGGAGAAAUCUCUUUAUAAGGUCUUGGCCUGUCCAUUAGUAACACAGACAACCAAAGUAGAGAGGCAGAAAAAUGGUUGCAAUGAAAACACAGACAA